CUGCCCUGGUCUGCGCUUUUAGAAGUGUGACGCUCGUCAGUACUGGGCACAGCCUGCUGCAAGACGGACAACAUUAUUACGCAGCCAAGAUGGUGGCAUUUAACUGGAAGGCUUUGGAGAAUUUCCCAUUGCUGAUGUACAUUUUGGCAGCUAAAACAUUGAUUCUUUGCCUAGCAUUUGCUGCAGCAAAAAUGUACCAGAGAAAAAGAAUUGAAGAAAAACUGAAGAGGGAACAUGAAGUGAGAUUGAAAAAAGAAGCAGAGAAGAAGGAAGAUUGAAGAGUCUCUCAGAUUUUCCGACACUUGGCAACUUGCGUUGGAUUCCUUUCCCGGGAGAGUGAAGCCUUCCUGUAGAUGAAGGAUGUGUCAAAGGAGUAAAACCAAGAGUAACAGUCGCUUAAACUGUAUCUCAACUUUUUAUACAUGCAGCAAAAUAUCUAAGCAUCUAUUUAUGCAAUAAAAAGUCCUUUGUAAAAAAAAAAAUAA